AACAGCGGAUCCGGGAUGUCAGCGUGCUUGUCCAGUCCGCCAGAGAUACCAAUAGGGUUGGAAAGAGUGUAUCCGAAGACCUAACGACGGCGGAACAAAAUCAGCAAGAUGUCAUGGAUAGACCCUCUUCCGCACCAAAGGAGCCAGGCCUUACCUCCGUCACCAAUGACCCAUCUCCGUCCGGAUUACCCCGUUCUCUGGGAUUAAGACCGUACUUGUAGAGCGUCUUCAAGAUAUCCACGCCGAAGUGAUGCGCAUCCUCCGCAUCGGGAAACAACGUCCUAACCAACGGAACCACACCGUACCGAUGCACACUGGCCCUAGUAUCCGUGGCAUACACGUACCCGACGAGAGCGCCCAACGCCAGCGUCGUUCCGAUGACCGUCCUCUUGAGCCCACGGCCGGCCUUCUUGGGUGCCUCCUUCGCCACCGUCUCCGCAGUCUCCGCAGCCUUGGCCGCGUUCUCCUUCACAGUCGCUUCGGCGGCCUCGGCCGCAGCCUCCGUGGCCUUCUCGCCCGACGAGGCAAACCGCACCUGACCCAUGAGUUGCGCGGGGAACGGCGUCGAGCGACGAUAGAGCAUCGAGGAGGGAACGGGGGACGCGGCGCACUGGAGGCGCAGAGAGCGUGGGAGUGCGCGGGCUCGCGAGGCCCUCCAGACUGCGUUGGCGGCCAUUUGUUGCGUUCUUCGCCGGGAAGAAGUCGAUUUCAGGGAGGUUGAGAAAGGUUGAUGACCUAUCUGGAUGGUAGUGGGUAGGGUGUUAGUUAGAUGGUUAUAAGUGACGUGCUCAAUGCUGGUGAAGGAGGGAUAGGAGGUCCAAGAAGUCGACGACUUUGGGAUGUGUAUGGUAGAUGGAGCAACUUCCAGCGAGGAUGGGACAGGUAUAACAAGUAUGUG